GUUGGGAGUGAGGUUAAGUAAGGUGCCAGAGGAUAAGAAAGUGGUAUAUUUGUGUGAGUGAAGUGAUUCGGUAGGAGGCUUUUUGGCAGAGAGGAGAUUUUUGGAUAUAUUUUUUGGAAUAGUCGUCUUCUGGGAAUGCAGCUUCUAAGGUGUGGAUUGCAGGGUGUUUAGGAGUUUGGGAAGUGAGAGGAUAAGCUGGAGGAAGAAGGAUUGGGUAGGAGAUUGUCCGGUAGUGCCUCUGAGGUUGACAUAAUGUCGUCCGCGACUUUUGUGGAUCGAAUAGAUCCAUUUGCGAAGAGGUCGCUGAAGAAGAAGUCGAAAAAGUCACAGGGAUCCUCCCGGUACAGGAACUCCCAGGAUGUGGAGCUACAACAGCUACCUCAGCUCAAAGAUGUUACGCCAUCGGAGCAGGAAGACUUGUUCAUUAGGAAGUUACGGCAAUGCUGUGUGACUUUUGACUUCAUGGAUCCAGUCGCAGAUCUCAAGGAUAAGGAAAUUAAGCGUGCAACUCUCAAUGAACUUGUCGAAUACAUCACAGCGGGUCGAGGUGUACUCACUGAGCCUGUUUACCCCGAAAUCAUCAAGAUGAUUUCGGCAAACCUAUUCCGCACGUUGCCACCUAGUGAAAAUCCAGACUUCGAUCCUGAGGAAGACGACCCAACAAUGGAGGCGAGCUGGCCCCACCUUCAGUUGGUCUACGAAUUCUUUCUUCGCUUUCUCGAGUCCUCAGACUUCCAGCCUACAGUUGGGAAAAAAGUUAUCGACCAAAAAUUUGUUUUACAGUUAUUGGACCUGUUUGACUCGGAGGACCCUAGGGAGAGAGAUUUCUUAAAGACAGUUUUACAUCGUAUUUACGGAAAAUUCCUCGGCCUUCGAGCCUUUAUACGCAAACAGAUAAAUAAUAUCUUCCUCAGGUUUGUGUACGAAACGGAACACUUUAAUGGCGUGGGCGAACUUCUAGAAAUUCUCGGUAGCAUUAUCAAUGGAUUCGCUCUCCCAUUGAAGGUCGAACAUAAACAGUUCUUAGUUAAGGUGCUCUUACCACUGCACAAGGUGAAAUGUCUUUCGCUCUACCAUGCGCAGUUGGCGUAUUGCGUGGUGCAGUUCUUGGAAAAAGACGCUACUUUAACGGAACCAGUUGUCCGGGGUCUCCUCAAAUUCUGGCCUAAGACGUGCAGCCAGAAAGAAGUCAUGUUCCUCGGAGAAAUCGAAGAGAUACUCGACGUCAUAGAACCUAGCCAAUUUGUUAAAAUACAAGAGCCUCUGUUCAGGCAAAUCGCGCGCUGCGUUUCGUCGCCGCAUUUUCAGGUUGCUGAGAGAGCACUGUACUUGUGGAAUAACGAGUAUAUUAUGUCACUAAUCGAGGAAAACAAUCACGUAAUUAUGGGAAUCAUGUUCCCGGCACUGUACAGAAUAAGUAAAGAGCAUUGGAACCAAACGAUCGUGGCCCUCGUUUAUAACGUUCUCAAAACUUUCAUGGAAAUGAAUAGCAAGCUCUUCGAUGAACUUACUGCCAGCUAUAAGUCUGAAAGGCAAAAAGAGAAAAAGAGAGAAAAGGAGAGAGACGAACUUUGGAAAAGAUUGAAUGAACUGGAACUUGAACGGCGCGGAACUCUCACGGCAGCACCAAAUACCCCAGUUCCUGCCUCAACUAACCCUGUGACACGAGCCCGACCCUGAGCCACUAUGUGAGAAAUCACAACCACGCCACCCAUUCGUUAGAUCUUAGUUUACGCCGAGAAAAUUAUCGUUGUUAGAAGAAAACCAGAAUCGUUUUACGGUGGCUGUCUUGACGUAAUACAAAUUCCUUGGUUGGUCUCAUCCACAAUUGGCUGGGCAAAGCAAUCUCGAGGACUCCAAAGGAAGAAGCAAUGAUAAAGCAAAAGUAUAACAAGACCAAAAAGAGAAAAAGAAAAAAAACUAAUGUGUAAACCCAGACCUGGAUUUUACUCCUUUAACGCCACGUUUUUUUGAUUAUUUCUAAUGACGAUUGUAUUGUGUAUAUUCAUUUUUACUCUCUUUUCGACGGCAAUGAUUUAAGUUGCAUGGUGUACUCAGUGUCAACACAUAAUACGAGGAUGUUAGUCCCUUCUUUAAUUAAGGUUUGCUGUGCGCAGUUGGAGGAGACGAUCAGGGCGGAAAAAGGACGCAAAAAAAAGAAGAAGAAGAAGCUUUUGACAUUAAACUCCCAAAUUCCUGCAAGCACUUUUAAUUAAUUAAUUGUGCUUUUAAUUAAUAAUUGGGAGUUUUCCGCUCCGUUCCUCGCCUUCGACGGCCGGCAGGGGCGUUGUUUGAAAUGUACCAUAUAUUCAUAUUAAUAACGAUAAUGAUAAAUAUAACAAAACAUAAUAAAUUAGGUAAAUAUACAAAUACAUCAUAUUUAUAUAUAUAAAAAAGUAUAAAUAUAUAAAUAUGAAUAUACAGUUCGUUCUUUCAGAUAUUCCUUGAAGAAUUCUUUUUUCUUCAUGGAACACCUGUGAUGACGAUCUGUAUAUAUAUAUAAAUAUAUAUAUAAUAUAGUAUACAUACAAUAUAGUAAUACCGAUGACGCGAGAAAGUCGUAGGUUUUAGGCGAGCGGCAAAAAACUGUUGUCGAAAUCGAGAUGCAAGUUUAUUAGUGCGGACGUGCCGCACUACCGACAAAACCUAACGUUGUACUGACUGCAUGCCUGCAGCUCGACGAGAACAAUUGUUUUUUUUUUUUUCUAGGAAGAAGAACCGCAAUCGUGCACGAAGGCACGCGAACAAAACAACAACAACAAAAAUACAAAGAAAAUUACAAAUAACAUUUAACGAAUAGGUCGAAUCCGCCACGUGGAGAGCAUGAAGAAGAUGAUAUAUGUUGUUUUUUAACUGAAAAUAAUAAAAAAAAGAGGUGAAUAAAUGAAGAGGCGAGAGGGAAAAGAUAUUAAAAAUAAAAUAAAAGAAUUCAAUUGUACCAAAAUAUCCAUGGUUGCUUAUAUAAAUAUAGAUACAAUAAAUGAUAGAGACCCAACGCUUAAGAUUUAUUCGGAGCCACCGCAGAGGAUGUGAGUGAAAGUGAAAUCGUUUUUAGAAGAAGAAAAUAAAAAAAAACUUUCUUACCGAUGCAUAAUAAUAGCGACUAUCGUAAAGCAGUAACGUUAACAGUUGUAGAGAUUAAAGGAAAAGUUGCUUGCUCAGACUCUUCGUUGACCUAUGCGAAGCAAAGAGAAUAAAAUUGAAAUCAUAUUUAACUCUAUCAACCUAGGAUCGUCAUCCGUCUCGAUUGCCGAAACAUAAUCUGCAUCAACCGCAUAAUAUAUUUCUCCUGUUUUUUUAGAGAUUGCUUUUUUUUCUUUUCUUUUUUUUUUUAGUAUAAAGUUCGUAAUAGCUGCGUCAUGUCACGUCACGGAAAUAUAUUAGAGGUCGUCGCUGAUGUGACAAAUUUAAAUAGACAUUUUAUAUAAUACGUGAAUGUUGAAUUUAUUUUCACUCUGUGAUUUUCCUUGAUAUAUAAAUAUUAAAUAUUUGCUUAAUCGCGUACAAAUCUAAGGAUAGGAGUAUUAUAUUCGAAAGGAACGAUUGUUUUACAUUAUUAUAAUAAUUAUUAUUAUUAUAUAUUUUUAUCAUCUACCAUUAGUUUUUACUGUCGUAACAAAUGGUUACUCUCCACUUGCAGAGCUCGCUGUACAAAGGAUUAAUAAAGACAGUGGAAUU